AUGGCGUGGCCUAUGCAAUCAGUCCCGCGCAUUGAGUUACUUCUCGAAACAGCCACCCUGCAACCCCCCAGCAAGAGCGCGCAGGGCCAGAUUGCCCAUCUCUCGGCCUGCUCGACGGUGGGGGCCCAGGUUCCGAGGCUCCAGGACAAACCCCUCCAAGUCGUCAGCAGCUUGCAGGUCGCGGGUUUUAGACAUGUGGUCGGCUGUCUGUGGCCGUCGGACGACGCGGUCUGCGUCGAGGUUGCUUGCUCCUUUUACACGCAGCUCCACCGGAGCGGGAUGCAAGGGCUCACGGACCGAGAUGUCGCCUUGGCUCUUCACAAGGCAAUUAAGGCGACAUCAGAGCCCAAGAAAUAUGAGAAGCAACCUUUGCACUGGGCCCAAUACGUUUACUAUGGCGCGUGA